CAAAUGUUGGAAAGUUCAAUAGUGAGUAAUAGUCCUAAUAUACAUUGCCCUGAUAUCUAAGUGGAACAGAACUUGAAUAUAUACUGAAUCUACUUCGUGUUCUGUUCAUUGAUACCAACAAUUUCACCGUUCUCCUUCAUCACUGUACAGCACCAUUUUGGACUUGGUUUAUUGUCACUACAUACUCAAGCAUUGAUUCUGCAUACUGACUCUAAAUCACAGUUUUGCUGCCACCGAUCGACAGAAAAAUUUGCGAAAACAGCCAUACUAGUCACGAUGCAGACGUCCUAUUUAUAAUUCUUGAGUAUAUUAUUCUUCGUCGUUCCUUCUUCGUUCUUGUUUUUCUGGUUUUUAUCUUCUGUAACACAUCACACAAAAAGCGAAUUUGUAUUCGUUUAGGUAGUCAAAAAUGGAACAAGCAGUAGCGGGGUUUGCUGCAGGGACCAUUUCUACCCUUAUAAUGCAUCCAUUAGACCUGGCAAAAACACAAUUGCAAGUAACUCGCGUGUAUCAACAUACCGGGUUACGCAAUGUUGUAAAUGCAAAUGUUAAUAGACAGCAUUUUUUUCGGUCGCUGUACCGAGGUUUAACCGUUAACUUAAUUGGUUCUACAGCUAGCUGGGGCUCUUACUUUUUUAUUUAUGAAAAGUGUAAAAACGCUGUCGCCUCUUACAGCAACAUUCCUGUCCGAGAAUUGAGCUCUUUUCAAAUAUUAGGAUGCUCUUAUGCAUCUGGUCUAGCUGUUGCCGCUCUAACAAAUCCCAUCUGGGUUGUUAAAUCGCGUAUACUGUCACGUUCUGUUCCAUACACAAGUUUUCUUACAGGCAUCCGCGAACUUCUCCGAAAUCAGGGAAUUAAGGGCUGCUACGUGGGUAUUGUUCCUUCGUUUGUUGGUGUCUGUCAGGGCAGUCUACAAUUUAUGGCCUACGAGCGGCUAAAGAAACACUAUAAUGAGCCCAUGUCAAGUCUACAGUACCUGUCGGUUUCGGCACUCUCAAAAGUGUUUUCUUCUCUUCUAAUGUACCCAGUAAUGGUCUUUCGCACUCGUCUUCAAGUGAGGGACACCCUACGAAUUACAGAUUCAAAAUCAUUGAUGAGCUUGCGGCUGCCUCAGAUAAUUGCAGACUUGUAUAAAGGAUAUUCGUUUCACUUACUACGCGUUGUACCACAAACAUGUAUAACAUUACUAGUUUAUGAACAAACAUACCAUUUUUUAAAGAAAGAUACCAAAAACAAGUGAUUAUUUCGUUAAAAAUUCAUAUUAAGCAUCCGCCACAGAAGCUUUCAGUAGCUGCUCGAAGUUCUUCUUUUGCUUCUCUGAUAAUCCUGUAAAUACCUCUUGCAGAUUUUCCGAUUGGUCAGAAACAAUUUCGUAAAGACUGGUUCCCAACAUCUUUAAAUCAUCGUGGCUUGAAACCAUCACAGAAAAGUGCGUAACAAUCGGAAUAGAAAUGUAUAAAAACUCUCUACCUGUAAAACUGUUAGCGAACCAGAACCAUCCGAAUGGGAGACUUACGCUUAUCUUUCCUGAAAGAUUUAGACACGAGCAAAAGUGUGUUCAACACCGUAGCAACAAACUCUUCUUUCUGUGAAAUAACACUGUCUUGAAGAGAUGUGACAGUCCUUGAAAUUAACAAGCGACAUGAUGCACUCGUAUUCUCUUCUUUACUAUGCACAAGAAGCAUUGAACAUAUUCCUUGAGCUGCAAUAGAUACCAUCUAAACAGUUAGUAGAAGAAAACAAUUAAAAUACGCAAUAACAAUACCUCUUCAUAAUGCAA